CCUCCUCCUCCUGGCUCCGUCUCUAUAAAUGGGGUUCCCUCGUUGAGUGGACGCAGCGAGCCGGGGACUGGCGCGGGUCAGAAUCAAGCAUCCCCCGAUCCAUCCGUCCGUCCGCCCGCCGCUUAUUAUCCCCCUCCGCAGUCUCCUGAGUUCAUCCUUGAAGAAGGUUCGCAGGAAACGAAACCCCCCGAGCGAGUCGAGGUCGAGGCGCGGAGAGGACUCCCUGACUCGGUACCAGAGACGCGCCGAGACAGCGAGCAGCGAGGGACCACCACCGCAGCCCCCUGCGGUGACCACCGUCCGCGAAGUCGAACCCAACUCCCUUUCGCCCCUGCGCGACCCUGGUUCGACCCCUGCCGCUCACCGGUCUCCGGUCGAUCGGUGGUGUGAGGAGGUGGGGUGGUGGUGGUGGUGGUACACGUCGCUAGGCGAUCAUGUGGCGGGGUGCGUUCUCGCUCAUGCUGCUGCUGUGCUUGUGCGGCGGCGCGGGCGCCCUGCAGCGACACGCGGCCCCGAUGUGUCGCGACGAGUGCGCCGGGUGCCUGCGGCUGCCGCACGCCCGCACCCUCAACCUGAGCGCCCUGGUGUGCGCCCUUCAAUGCGAGGGAGCUCGUGCCAAGGGGCUCGAGUGGAUCGGCUGUGGCCCGGAGCACAGCCUCGAUGCAUCCCACGCGGGGGCAUCCGGCAAUCUGCUGGCAGGUGGCGGCGAGGGAAACGGCGGUGGCGAGGACGACGAGGAGGAAACGGUGGCCGGAACCUACGGCCAUUACGAGGGCGACGCUUACAUGAGGAACGGCGACGAUCUAGAUGGAGGUGACGCUGCUGCUGCUGCUGGCGGCGUUGGUGGUGGUGGUGGCAAUGGCGGUGGUGUCAGCGACGACGACGAUGACAAAGAGCUGGCGGGCGCUCUCAAUCAUUUGCUGUAUCGCGUAGCGAGCUCGCUGCAGGAGGAUCGCGAUCUUCAGCAGCAGCAGCAGCGUGCCGAACCGUCGAGCUUGUGGAAGCGAUAUGGGGGCUUCGUGCGCUACAGCAGAAGAGGCGGCGGCGGUGGUGGCGCAGAGGACGACGCCUCCUCCUCCUCCUCCAGACGCCGGCGCUACGGGGGGUUCCUGCGCUUCGAGAAGAGCUCGGAGGGGGGAGGCGCGGCGGCCGUCGCGCAGGGAGGAAGAGCCGGCGGCACCCCGGGACUCCCGGAGUCUCCCGAAGACGGCCCGCAGAAGCGCUACGCCGGCUUCAUGAGAUACCAGAGGACGCUGGAGUCGGACGCAGACCCGGGGACGAUCGACGUGGAGGAGGAGCAGCAGCAGCAGCAGGAGGAGGAGGACGCAGACGAGGAGGAGGAGGAGGACGCGGCGGGGCCUCGCAAACGCUACGGCGGCUUUGUCCGCUACAACAGGGGCGGCGUGCAGAAGAGGUACGGCGGCUUCCUGCGCUACGCCAAGGCGCCCGGGUGGGGAGGAGACGACGGGGGCGACUUGCCGGACCUCCGUAAGCGCUACGGGGGUUUCAUCCGCUACAGGAAGGGCGACCUGCAGAAGAGGUACGGCGGCUUCCAGCGGUACAGCCGGGCGCCCGCGGGGGGCGACGGUGCGGCGGGGGAAGGCGACGGGCGGGAGAGGCGCUACGGGGGAUUCCAGCGGUUCGCCAAGGGGGUGGAGGCGGAGAGCGCCGGCUACGACGGGGAGAGGGGCGGGGGAGGCGGCGGAGUCGACGACGGCCGGAGCGAACGCAGAAGCGCGCAGAAGCGCUACGGGGGCUUCAUCCGCUACGAGCGGUCGACUGACGAGGUCGAGGCCGCCCGCGCCGACGACGGCGAUCGGCAGGGCGGGUUCAUAGCGGCCAACGCGGCCACGUCCCAGUAGCUGGCGGUUUUAUUUAAUUUAUUUUUCAUUUAUUUCUCAUGGCACCUUCAUUGUCCCAUCGCUCCUCUCAUUUAUCUCCAUGGUGCCCCCCCUCCCCAUCCUUCUCCCCCCCCCCCCCCGCCUGACAUUGUGGAAGAUCGCCGCUCAGUCAUUCUCUGUUUGAGGUCACCUUUUCACUUUUGCACCCAGCUCGUGCUGCAGCAUCUCGCGUUCCUCUUGCACGCGAGCACGAGUGAGAGCUGCUGCAGAUGAAUUCGACCAGCACGUGGUUACGUGGCACGGAUGAUCCACAGCGCUGAGCCCAGAAACGCUGAGGGUCAUGGGGUUGAUUCCUGGUUUCAGCCGCCAGUGGCUGAACAACGAGCCGUAUGAGUUUGAUUUUGAAAGGCGCAUGACUUUACAGGUUAAUAUCUCAAUUUGCCUAUUGGAAAAAAAGACAUCUUCCAUUAUAUUUUAAAGCGAUAUCCACCACCCGUGCUGUUAUGUAACCGGAUCCCAAAUGACAUAUUUACGGACGGAGAAAAAUGUCCAUUUCGUCUUUAUUAGGGGCACUUGAAAUGCGCCAUGCUUUUCCAUAAUGCAGUCAAAGUAGAUUAUUAUAGCUAGGCAUAUGAGCAGGUCUGUGUCUGUCCAGGUCAGAGUGUUUUAAUAAACACGACUCAACGUUCAAAUCAAACAUCACCAACACUUAUACUAAACUCACCACACAGAUCACAAACACCAAUACUAAACUCAGCACGCAGAUCACCAAUACUAAACUCACCACGCAGAUCAUCAACACCAAUACUAAACUCACUA